CUGACAGUCAUCUGAUUUGUUUUUUCAUCUCCCCCAGCGUUUCCUUGUUAGCCAGCGUCAGUACUAGCCAACACAACAACGCUUCCACUCUCUCCCCUUCCUCUCUUUCGUCCUCCUCCCUCUAUCUUCUCUCUAUUCUGGAAAUAAAAUAACUCCGCAGCCAGCCUCUUCCAAAGACAUGGACGAGACGAGUCCUCUUGUCUCUCCGCUCCGGGACUCCGGCGAAUUCAGCUACUGUCCCACAGAGCCCACCAGCCCGCGGGGCGCGUUUGGAGGCACACCGGGGUCUGUAGUUCGCAUCCCUGCGGGCAGUCCGGAGCGCAGCAGGGAGAGACAGCCGCUGUUGGACCGGGAUCGCGGGAGCUCACCGCGGGAGCCUCAUAGGAACGAGUUCCCGGAAGAUCCCGAGUUCAGAGAGAUCAUCCGAAAGGCCGAACGAGCCAUACAGGAAGGGAUCUACCCGGAGAGGAUCUAUCAGGGAUCCAGUGGAAGCUACUUUGUCAAAGACUCUCAGGGGAAAAUCAUAGGUGUGUUCAAACCCAAAAAUGAAGAGCCCUAUGGCCAGCUGAACCCCAAGUGGACCAAGUGGCUCCAGAAACUGUGUUGUCCCUGCUGCUUUGGUCGAGACUGUUUGGUCCUGAACCAGGGUUACCUCUCAGAGGCCGGGGCCAGCCUGGUCGAUCAGAAACUGGAGCUCAAUAUCGUUCCUAGGACUAAGAUGGUGUACCUGGCUAGUGAAACAUUUAAUUACAGUGCCAUAGACAGGGUUAAGUCUCGAGGAAAAAAGCUAGCUCUGGAGAAGGUACCUAAAGUGGGACAGCGCUUUCACAGAAUUGGAUUACCUCCAAAGGUUGGUUCCUUCCAGCUCUUUGUUGAUGGAUACAAGGAUGCCGAUUUCUGGUUGCGGCGCUUCGAAGCAGAGCCUCUGCCUGAAAAUAACAAUCGUCAGCUCCAGCUGCAGUUUGAGCGACUCGUAGUCCUAGAUUACAUCAUCAGAAACACAGACAGGGGAAACGACAACUGGCUGCUGAAGUACGACUGUCCGAUGGACUCUGUCGGGACCAGGGACACAGACUGGGUGGUAGUAAAGGAUCCCAUCAUCAAGCUGGCUGCCAUAGACAACGGCCUUGCCUUCCCUCUCAAACACCCCGACUCCUGGAGAGCAUAUCCAUUUUACUGGGCGUGGCUUCCCCAAGCCAAAGUUCCUUUCUCCCAGGAAAUCGGAGAGUUGGUCUUUCCCAAACUCUCUGACCCAAAUUUCAUUAAAGACUUGGAAGAAGAUCUUUAUGAAUUAUUCAAGAAAGACCCUGGUUUUGACAGAGGACAGUUUCACAGACAAGUAGCUGUCAUGAGGGGACAGAUUUUGAACCUGUGCCAAGCCCUGAAGGAUGGUAAGACGCCCCUCCAGCUGGUCCAGAUGCCCCCAGUAAUUGUUGAAACAGCCCGAGCGCCUCAGAGAGCCAACAGUGAGUCCUACACACAGAGUUUCCAGAGCAGAAGACCAUUCUUUACGUGGUGGUAGGAAAGAAGCAGCAAAGAGAAAGUGGAGGAACAGCAGGGAGCCGGAGCAGCGGAAGGAGGGAGAUGUGCCAUUGAAAAGCGAUAACAGGUUUUUAUGCUUACAUGGAUAUCUUCGCCACCCUCCCCCCUCUCUCAGUAUGGAUAAUUUGGUUAAAGACAGAGGGUGAACGGGUGGAGAGGUGAGGCCAAGAGGAGGAAGAAUCUCACAACAUUUCUUCCCUGUUUGCCUCUGUGCCUUGUGUGGAAGUCGGUAAAGAAUCAACGCCUGAAUAAUGAAGUGUCUGUAGCUUCCUGCAACAAAGCAAGGUGUCAUACCUUGCCUGUUGGACUCUUGCGUGCAUAUAACAUUUGCUCACAUGCAUGCACACCAGUCAGAAGCCUCUCAUACUUUGUUUUUUUUUUUUUUUUUGGAUGCAUUCCAUUUUUUUCCAUUAUACCCAUCUGCCUUUUUUAAUAUUCACUUCCCUGUUCUCUCCCAUACAGUUAAAUUCAGAGAGAUAGUGAAAGCAUCACAUCCACUACUGGAGCUCUGAGUUUUCGUUUUUAACAAACAUAGGAAGUGUUCAUUGUGGUUGAGUCUUAAAAGAUUCAUGGGAAUACUCCUCUUAACUCCUGCAAGUCAUCCGGUGUGAUUCAGUAAAGCAGAGACACUUUUGGGUUAAAGAAUCAUUAACAGUUUAAGGUCAGAUAAGUAUGACCUUUUUGUUGUCCCUUCAAACUGAUGACAAUUGUCUGGACUGCCAGCUUGGACGGUGAAGGGUCCACAAGUUCCGGUUGUCUGGACCACGUUGAUUUGUGUUCACCUUACGGCUCGUGUUGGGGUGGACCUCGGUAAACGACAAAGUAACUUCCUGCUCUACUAAACUGACAUGAAAUGUAUCGUGACAAUGCACUGUAUAAUUUGUAUGUAAUAUUUAAUUAUAGAUUAUAAUUAAAACAUACUCAAUUAAGACGUACGUGAAGGGUGUGCAAUGCGUGUGAUUACAGCUGUGGGUGUUAUAGUCCAUUAAUAAUGACACCUGUUUGUCUCUUUGUCUGACUGUGAGCAGCAGAACUCAGACACAGGUUUGUUUGUUUUUUAUUAUAAAGCUUUCAAGAUAGGGAAGUGUAUUCACACUGUGUUUGUGAACGGUGCCACUUGAAUCCUCACAGGAGAAAUAUCAUCUGGCUCUGUGUUUCAGCAUCUUUCAUAGUUUCAUGGUUUCAUAGCCUAGCGCUACUUCACUGUUUGGGUUCACAUCCACAGCUCUCAUUAGCAUUCACUCCAGUUGCCGCGCCAUUGUGUGAGAGAAAAAAAUGACUGCAACUGAAUGUUGAUGUUGUUUAUUUCUGCAAGGGGAGAUGCAAUCGUCAUUUUUGUGUUUGCUACAAAAAAUGGUUCCGUGCCAUCCACGACGGUAUCUUCAUUUGCCCACCCGGAGAAACGAGUAUCUACAGCUGCGAUGGCAGCAGUAGAGGGUGCCUUGCUCAAGGACACUCAAGGAUGUUCACCUUGCUAAACUACUGCUGACACUACACACUGCUGCUUAACUGUUGGCUUCAUUCACUAUGGCGUUUUACUGCAGUCUAACAUGUUGCAUACAGGUACAUGAAAAUUAGAACAGUAUAAAAACACUCAUAAUUUCAUCGUGCGUUUCAUUGCUAGAUUUCAGUGCAGAAUGCGGUGAAGUGAGUGUUCAGAGUGACUGGUACUGUCCUGCCUGGCCACACCCGCCCUCCAUGAGGAUGGUUUUAAUGGCGUCUGGUUUUCAGUGAUGUCUUCCUCAGCAGGAGCAGGCAACAGGAAUUCUCCCUGACUUGGCACUGGGGCAGUCUCCUCAUCCUCAACAGUAUAGUCUGAUAAUGGCUCCUCGGUCCUGGAAGACAAACAAAUCAACUCUGGUUUGGUUGAAUAACUACAGGCCUAGUUAUUGCAUUUACCAUACUAAACAAGCAAUUAAUAAACCUGAUGUCGUGGGUAAAA